AUGAACGCUGCUUUCGCUCGGAUCCGCGGGUGUUUUAUUUUGAAAGAAUCAAGCGGAAGCGGCCGUCGCCAUGUCCUCCGCCUUCACUCUGGUCCUCCGUCGUGUCAGCCGAGGCUAACCCAGCAUCACCGCCUUGCUCUGUCUCUCCCUCCUGGAUUUUUUUAUUUCCCUCUAUUUAUUUCAUAUCCCCGCCAUUUUUCGUCUUCGACAGAUGCUCGGCGCGUCCGUCUCGGUCUUUUCUCUCCUUUUCUCCGAUCGCACAUCGCCUCGGUAGCCGCGCGGGGCUGUCGUGUCGCAUCAACCGGGAAGAGAAAAACAUCCAUCCACGACGACGAGGAGGAGGAGGAGGAGGAGGAGGUUCGAGCGCAGCGACGCCCAUUCCUACACCUUCUCUAUCACUACUGUAAAUCCUCCGUGGCGAUUUUUUUCCUCUCCAUCUUUUUCGAUGCCAGCCUGUUUGUAUCUGAGAGGGCUUUCCUCACCCGCAGCCUGCAGCCCGACCGGUCUCCGCUGCGUCCGCCUUUUUCUUCUUCAGCUGCUGGGGAUCUCGGUGCUGCUGCCGCCGUGCAUGCAGCGCGCAUAGACCUCCUCCCGCAGACCGCACCCGUGGCCUUAAACUCACAGCCCUCACUGCGGUGGCCGCCCCCGCCCCCGCUUCCGCCCGCCCCCGGGCCCCCCUCUCUCCGAGCGCUCUGCGUCCUCAUUCUCCUCUCGGGCUCCCGCCAUCGCGUCCAGCUGUGGCCCCUACAGGGCGCGGUCGCUGGCGCUCACCUGACAGGUCCCUGGCCUCAGGACGACAGCCAGCAACAACACGUUCCCUACAUGAGGGACAAAGCCACGCAGACGCCCAGGGCCUGGGCAGAUGAGAGGAGGAGGGGCUCUCACAAACGCUCGGCCUCCUGCGGGAGCACCGACCAGCUCAAGGAGAUCGCCAAAUUGCGUCAGCAGCUCCAGCGCAGCAAACGCAGCAGCCGCCAUCGGAGGGACAAGGAUCGCAAGUCCCCCUUCAAUGGCAGCCACACCAUCAUCCAGUCGCAGUCGCCGAUGCCCAAGACCAUUCUGAUCCCCAUCCCGAUAUCCAAGUCCUCGGCCCCUCGCUUCCGCAACAGCGUGGAGGGCCUCAAUCAGGAGAUCGAGCGCAUCAUCAUCCGAGACACCCCCGAGAAGGAGGAGGUCAUUGUCCCACAGGAUGUCCCGGACGGGCACCGCGCCCCCCCGCCCGUGCCCCCGCAGCGCAGCAGCAGCACCCGCAGCAUCGACACGCAGACGCCCUCGGGGGGCGGGCUGAGCGGUAACCAUAGCAACUGCAGCAGCCGCCCCGACUCCAUCUCGCCCUCCUACCUCACCGUCCUCAACGACACGGGCGGAGGCAGUCCGUACGAGGACAAAGAGCUGGGCCCCUGCUCUCCGCUGCCCAAGUACGCCGCCUCUCCCCGACCCAACAACAGCUACAUGUUCAAGAGGGAACCUCCAGAGGGCUGCGAGAAGGUCAAAGUGUUCGAGGAGUCCAUGCCCAAGCCCCUGCAGGAGAUCCCCCCCUUCCUGUGUCCUGACCGCAACAAGGUCAACUUCAUCCCCAACAGCGGCUCCGCCUUCUGCCUGGUCAGCAUCCUCAAGCCCCUGCUGCCCGCCCCGGACCUCAGCUUCCGCCCCGGGGUGGGCCUCCGGAGCCUGUCCCCGUCCCUGGUGCCUCUGUCCACCCAGCCCUGCCUCCUGGAGGAGCCGGAGAGCUUCUGACAGCCUUGAGUGAAAGUCCACAGCGCCCCCACCCCACCCCACCCCCCACCGUCUGACAGAAUCACAAAACAUUUUGAUGAAACAAAAUCUGCUCCAAAAAGAAGGAAGUUAAAAAAAAAAAAGAAGUAAGAAAUGCCUUCAGCAUGCCAGCUCAGCUCUCUCUGAUGUCUUUAUCUUGUUGAAAAAGCGCUUCCCACUGCCUCUCCUCCUCAGACGACUGCAGCGUGAACAUUUCAUCGCUUUCCUUCAGUGCUGGUUUUUUUUUUUUUUGAGAGGUCAAGGGUCAAGGACAGACUUUUUUUGUUUUGUUUUGUUUUUUCAUCGUAUGAUACCAUGGCGCCUUUCCACGGACAUAUCUCUUUUUUCUAACUUAUACUUGUUUCUCUUGAUAUAUAGAAUAUGCCUUCCAUUGUUUAAGAAAAAAAAAAAAAAAGCAAAAACAAAAUAAGGGCGGCUGGUUUCCAUAGCGACCGCCAGAUUGACCACGGAGGCGAACUCUUGGUGCUGCCAGAUUUAUCGUAGCAAAACUUGAAGAAAGCUUGAUGAGAAGGAAAAGUUAAA